UCCUAAGUCUGACUAGAAGACCGCUCUGACUCCCUCUUCUCCGGCGGCAUUCUUUUGGGUCGGCCUCUGGGAAUCAGUUCAAAUUCCCUGGGUGGUGCGGACAAAGGAUCCGCUUCGGGAAAGUCGUAUUCCUGGUCGUACUGCUGGUAUUGCCAUUACCUUCAGCACUUUAUGGGGGCCCUCUCUAUGCCUGAAUCAUCCAGAAGAAUUCUGGAAUGGAAUAAGAUCUGAGCCAAUGGAGUCCCAUGAAGGAUACUGCUCCCUAAUACUGCAAAGGAGUGAAAAGAGACGGUUGCUGGACCAUACACAACCCUAGGGUCCUGGACCUAGAGAGACGCUUGUAAUCUGUGGACUCGAGUAUCCGAAUGACCUGCAUUUCUUUGAAAUCCAUUUUAAUUUGAAAAUACAAAAUAAUGAUAUUUUGAAAGAUAAUAACUAUGAAUUUUAGUGUCAAUCAGCUCCAAUAGUUUGGAGUUAGUGGUGAGAUACCCAAGGUGUUCAGUAAGAUUUUAACCUUGUUUUACCAGUUGCAUCCCAAAUUGACCUUGAUAAUGAUACCAAGUCCAUUUCAAAUGGUUAUAGGUCCCAUGAUCUUCUACUCAAAGGAGCUUGUCCAUUGCAGGAUUUCCCAAAUGAAUGUGUUUGAAUAAUUUAAAAAAAAUACCAUGUAUGGAUUGAAAUUGUCAAUUUGAAUUCUCAGGGAGUUUUGUAUCAAUAUCAGGCCCACUCCAUUCAACGCCAUACUUGUUUUAGAGAUUGUGGCGCUGCCGUCAACAACGUGAAACUGUGCUACCCAUAAAGCAUAUGGGAAAGCUAGUCUUGGAAAUCUUGAAUGCAGUUUUCCCUUGUACAGUAACAAAAUACACUUGGAAUGGAUUUGAUACCAGUAUAGACAGACAGUGGAGAUAAGUCUGGAAAACCUCAAUGGCGAAGAUCACAUGGGAAAGAUAAGUCUGUUUCAAAAUGAUUUGUCAAGUUUCUUCUGCAAAGAGAAAAAACAUUCUGCAGUCUUUCUAAAUUCACCGAAUCAUGGCGUGUCAUGACAUGCCCUGCAUCCUGAGACGGAACUAUUUAAGACAAUUGAAUACUCAAGAAUCUUGUGAAUUAAUCCAAGAGUCCUAGAACAGAAAUCUUGGUUGUCCUUGGAGUGUUUGUUCUUCAACAUUGCUGGCUUGAGGACUCUUUUCACCUCUUCGGUAAUCUCCGUCAUAUGUAGAGCCAAUCAGGAUUUUCCAAAAUGGCUCCCUGUUGGAGACUGGGAGCUUGUAGCCUGUUGGCGGCCCUUUGGCUUUUGCAUUGCUGUAGUUGUGGAUGGUCAGAGACCGCAAGGACUAAUGGCGUGGCCAAGGGUGAAACAAAGGAGCAGGAGCUCAUGUCCCAUGAACGAGUGAAGAGAGGAUGGGUGUGGAACCAGUUCUUUGUGGUGGAGGAGUACACGGGCACGGAACCACUCUACGUUGGAAAGAUCCACACAGAUUCGGACGAGGGCGAGGGGAACAUCAAGUACACCAUCUCCGGGGAAGGGGCGGGCACGAUCUUCAUCAUCGACGAGCUGACGGGCGACAUCCACGCCACCGAGCGAUUAGACCGCGAGGAGCAGAGCUACUACACCCUCAGAGCUCAGGCCCGGGACCGGCUCACCAACCACCUGCUGGAAUCCGAGUCAGAGUUUGUCAUCAAAGUCCAGGAUAUCAACGACAGUGAACCCAAGUUCCUGGAAGGGCCCUAUAUCGGGAGUGUGGGAGAGCUUUCACAAAUAGGAACGUCGGUGAUGAAGGUCACUGCGUCGGAUGCAGAUGAUCCUACAUACGGGAGCAGUGCCAGGGUUGUGUACAGCGUGCUGGACGGAGAGAGGUUCUUCACAGUGGACAGACAGACGGGACUGAUUCGGACGGCCGUGGCAGAUCUGGACCGGGAGAAGCAGGAUCGCUACGAGCUGGUCGUCAAGGCAACCGACAUGGCAGGCCAAAUGGGCGGUCUCUCCGGCUCCACCACAGUGACCAUAGUUAUCACAGAUGUUAAUGACAACCCACCACGCUUUCUGCAGAAGAUGUACCAGUUUUCGAUGUCUGAGGGGGCAGCCGUGGGGACGCCGGUGGGGAGGGUGAUCGCCACGGACGCAGACAUGGGGGAGAACACAGACAUGAGCUACCUGAUCAAAGAUGAGGAGGGUGGGGAACUCUUCAAAGUCACCACCGACAGUGAUACGCAAGAGGCCAUCAUCACCAUCAAAAAGGCAUUGGACUUUGAGAGCAAGCGCACACACAACGUGGUGGUGGAGGCUGUCAACAAGCACGUAGACCCCCGCUUUUCGGAGCUGGGUUCUUUUCGGGACCAGACCAUCGUGCGGGUCAGUGUAAACGACAUUGAUGAGCCGCCGGUCUUCCACCCUGCUGAGGGAACCAUCUUGGAGGUCCAGGAGGAUGCUAGGCUAGGGGCGCUGGUGGGCACUGUGACUGCCAAGGACCCGGACAUGGAGAACGCACCUGUCAGGUACUCCAUUGACCGGAGUACGGACCAGGAGCAGAUCUUCCACAUUGAUCCAGUGUCGGGUGCCAUCACGCUGGGCAAUAUUCUGGACCGAGAGACGGCUGGCUGGCACAACAUUACUGUGAUGGCAGUGGAAGCAGAUAAUGUAUCCCAGAUAUCCCAUUCGUCAGUGAGCAUUCGUAUCCUGGAUGUGAAUGAUAACCCUCCUGAACUGGCCACGCCCUAUGAGGCAUCUAUCUGUGAGGAUGCCAAGCCGGGUCAGCUCAUUCACUCUAUCAGCGUGGUGGAUAGGGACGAGCCGCAGUUGGGCCACCGCUACUACUUCACCCUGGCACCGGAGGCCACCAACAACCGCCACUUCACCCUGUGGGAUGUCAAAGACAAUACUGCGGGAAUCCGGACACAGCGCUCAGGCUUCAACCGCCACGAGCAGAACAUCUACCUUCUGCCUAUCCUGGUAGUGGAUAGCGGGCCUCCCGCCCUGAGCUCCACGGGCACCCUGACCAUCCACGUGUGUGGCUGUGACCCGGAGGGCACCAUCCAGUCCUGCAAUGCCACCGCCUACGCCAUUAGCACCUCACUCAGUCCCGGGGCCCUCAUAGCCCUACUGGUCUGCAUGCUCAUACUCAUAGUCCUGGUGCUGCUAAUCCUGACCCUGAAGCGCCACCGCAAGGGCCAGAGCAUGUCGGAGGAUGAGGAGGACAUGCGCGACAAUGUCAUCAAGUACAACGACGAGGGUGGCGGCGAGCAGGACACGCAGGCCUACGACAUGAGUACCCUGCGCAACCUCUUUGACUUUCCAGAGGCCAAGAGUGGCUCGUCCGAGUCAGGCCCUGACCUACGCACGCUGCCCCAGUGGAUUCAGGGGCGGAUGAGUGGUGACGGCGGGGCGGCCGACUUCUCCCUCUUCAAGGGCUACAUCCGCAAGAAGGUGGAGCAGACAGAUGGCGACUUGUCGGUGCCGCCGUACGACUCAUUCCAGACGUACGCCUUCGAGGGAAACAGCUCGCCGGCGCUCUCUCUCAGCUCCAUCCACACCCUGUCCACCACAUCCGAGCAGGAUUUCUCCUACCUCAGCGACUGGGGGCCGCGCUUCAGGCAACUGGCGGGAUACUAUGCCCCGGGACAUCCUGAGGAAGACGGCUCCUAGCGGUGUCCUCGGCCCAGACCCUUUCUCCUUUUCCAUCCCCAGCACUGUAUCAAGAGCCCAGUGUCAAAACUGUCCUAAAAAGCACUCCUCCAACUCCUUCAGAGCAACAGAACUGAAUCCCCGUCAGUGUGAGUCGGAAAUCAAUUUGGUCAACAACAAAAAAUCUUAUUUCGAAACUUCAAGUUUGACUUUUUCAAAGAGAAACAUUGAGUUUUCAAACGGUUUGAAACUUCAUGGUGAAAGGUGGGCUGAUUAAAUGAGGGAUUAAAGGAGGUGUUAUCCAUUCACUAUUCCCUUUACAGUAAGGAACAAAGGAGUAUGACGUAAUACAAUAUAAGUGGUGCGCCACAGGUUACAAUACAAUUACAUUUUACAUUUGUUUCUGGGUAUUUUCUGUCUGGAGUCAAAGACUGGUCCAUUUUUAGCUUUGUGAGUGUGGAGGCUCUGAGGACAUUCAGAGAGAUGAACGUUAUGAAACUCAGCAGGGGGUUAAUAUGUAUAUGUGAUGAAUAUGUAUUUAUUUAUGAACAAAUAUUGAUGUAUUUAUUCCUUUUGUAUUUAUGUAUUUAUUUUGUCCAUAAUCACCGCACCACUUGUAACAAUGGACAUCCAUGAAGGAUGAUACAGAAAUAUUUAUUAUGGUGAAAAAAACUUGAGGAGAGAAGAGCUUCUGUAUAAGCACGUAGCAGAGGACUUCACAAAGGUGAUAUUUGGGUCACAAACAACUACAGUCUUGGAAAUAUUUGUAUUUAUUUUUUAGGAACACUUUUGUAAAAUAAACGACAAGACUGGAAGACGGAGCGCGACUAAAAAGAAAAGGGUCAGAGAACAAAGGAUGAGUCAAUUCAGUGCAAAGAUUGGUUUUGGUUUGAUAUGCUUUCACGUUAUUGUAAAGAUUUCUAAGGUGUUAUGAAGGAUGUGGAACAUUAUGUGUUAACUGGGUUUUUGCUUUGCUUUUUCACCGCCAUUUAAAAGGCAAUAAGGCACAAUCCGCACAAGUGAUUCAAGACUAUACUGUAUGAAAUGACUGUGUUUUUUUCAUGGAGUUGGGUAUUUGUUCAUUCCAGAAUUUGUAUGUGUGUGUCCAACUUGUUUUAUAUUCCAGAAGAUUUGAUUACUUUUGUUCUUUUGAGUCUAUUUCACAGGGUGGAUGAAUAUGUGGGGUGACAGGUACAGAAAUAAGGGAUGAGUAGAUGGGAUUCCUCCACCCAGUAUCCAGAACCUAUUUAAUGUUGAUCUUAAACUUGCAAAUGUAUGGAAAAUAAAAUCAAUAAAUAUUUAAUGAUUUG